UACAAUAUUCAUUAGUUACGCUGUCAACAUAAGAAAACAAAAACAAAAACAUAUUCAUUAGUUAUGAUGCAACAUCUUUUAAAUAGUGCCAUGGUUGAAACUUCAAAGUCAACCUACCAACCAUUGAGCAACCUCAAAUUAGUAUUGUCUCUUGAUGUUCCUCAAGUUCUGAUCAGUUCAUACCAAUCUACGUUGAUCACACCAAAUUAGUAUUGUUGUUUUUCAUUGCAUGGACUGGAGAGCCAAACCGACGAAAGUUUGGUCUUCAUGAACACGAAAGGUAUAAUUAAUCUCAACCGUUCAUUCAUCGGUGGUCAUGAUCAUGGUUCUAUCCUAUCGCUACUCCUCUUUCUGCUACUCUUCUCCAACCUCGGCGGAUGUCAGAUCGCCGCUGGUCAAGCCACUCACGGCGAUUCAGACGUUCCCGGAGGUAGCUCUCGGUUUGACCCAACCAUGGCCAUACUCAUGAUAGUCCUCGUCAGCAUCUUCUUCUUUCUUGGGUUCUUUUCCGUCUACAUCCGUAGAUGUCUCGAGCGAGUCAUGGGGAUGGACUACGGAAGCACGGAAGAAGCCGCCGGGAACUGGCUUACCCUGAACCGUCAACCGGCGCGUGGGCUAGACGCGUCGGUCAUCGAGACGUUUCCUACUUUCCGAUACUCAACCGUGAAGACGCUAAGGAUCGGUAAAGAAGCGCUCGAGUGUCCUGUCUGCUUAAACGAGUUCGAAGAGGCUGAAACGCUGCGUUUGAUCCCUAAAUGCUGCCACGUGUUCCAUCCCGGUUGCAUUGACGCUUGGCUCCGCUCUCACGCUACGUGUCCUCUCUGCCGCGCUGAUCUCGUCCCUGUACCGGGGGAAUCCAUAAUUCAGAUACCCGGUUUAACCAACGACUCUCUCGGUUCGGAUCCGACCGGGGAUCGAAUUAGAGUUUUGGGUUCACCUGACGCGCGGUUGAUUGACUCGGUGGCGUUGACUUGUAACCAGAGUAUGCCACGUAGGUCUAUGUCUACCGGAUGGAAUUUAGCCGGAAUUUUCACCAAUUCUGAUUGGACGGGUCAACGUUCAGAGAAUCUUGACCGGUUCACGUUGAAAUUACCGCAAGACAUACACAAUAAACUAGUGAAUCCAAGCCUUUCAAAAGGCCACGUGGCGUUACCUCAGGUGAUGAGUUCAGCGAGAGGAUACAGAACCGGAAGCUUAGGGAGUGGGAGAAACUAUUUCUACGAACGGUUCGACCAAGAUGGCCGGUUAGACCGUAGACCAUUCUCGAUAACUCCUCCGUACCGGACAGGUUCGAUCAAUAUCACGUCUCCAGGUGGCAGUGUUGAUCAGGUGCAUGCUGGUUCACCCAAGAAUUUGCUUCUAGCUAUGAAAUCACCGUUUGAUCGGUUGUUUGUUGGAAAAGACAACAACAACGUCGGCGAACGUUCGUCGGAUCACCUUCGCUCAGGCCAUGCUACUCCGUCAGAUACUAUGUAAUUUGGUUAUUGAGAAAGUCUCUGUACAUAAAUUUUUCCCCUUUUAUUUCUGCAUUCUUCGUUUUCAAAUUUAAAAAACGUUACGUAACAAUUGAACA